UGGAUCUCACCAUAUAGAAUGCAUAUAAAAGAAGAAUGGAGCAUUUGUAGGUGCAGUUGUUGAAUAUGAACAGUUGAGUGUGAAUAAGGAAUGUGCUUCUUAGAGUGAUAUUAAUGAGAUGUAAAAUAUACCUUUCUUUGUAGACAUUUUUAUCAGUUUAGAAGAAUGGAGAUAAUCACCUCUGCUAAUACCUGCAAUGUGUCUGCCUCCUCAUUUAUUGGAGCUAUUCCUUUACUAAACUCUACCUCCACAACUACCACAGGUCCACAGUUUGCAAGGCAGUCAAUGCUUUUCAAUAAUAAAACAGUAGUUAGUACAGUACCAGAAGAAAUGUUACACUUAAUCGAUUCAUAUUGGUACCAAUUUCCUCCAUUACAUCCACUAUGGCAUAAAAUUUUAGGUCUUGUUAUGAUCAUACUAGGAAUUAUAGGAUGGUGUGGAAAUGGUGUAGUGGUUUAUGUAUUUUUAUUGACACCAUCGCUGAGAACGCCGAGUAAUCUACUUGUAGUAAACCUUGCUUUUUCAGAUUUUAUAAUGAUGGGCUUUCAGUGUCCACCCAUGGUAAUUUGUUGUUUCUAUGAAACAUGGGUUCUUGGAACUUUAAUGUGCGACAUUUAUGCAAUGGUCGGUUCGCUUUGUGGAUGUGCAUCUAUAUGGACAAUGACAGCUAUUGCUUUAGAUAGAUAUAACGUUAUAGUGAAGGGAAUGUCUGCGACGCCAUUUACUUUAAAAAGAGCAAUACUUGAAGUCGUAAUUAUAUGGUCAUUUGGCUUAUUAUGGACAAUUCUACCUAUGGUAGGAUGGAACAGAUAUGUUCCAGAGGGUAAUAUGACAGCAUGUGGCACAGAUUAUCUUUCAGCAGAUUGGACCUCCAAAUCAUACAUAUUAAUCUACUCUGUUUUCGUUUAUUAUACACCUCUGUUCACUAUUAUUUACAGUUAUUACUUCAUUGUUUCGACCGUUGCAGCACACGAGAGGGGGAUGAGAGAACAAGCAAAAAAAAUGAAUGUUGCAUCUUUAAGAUCUGGAGAAAAUCAAGGAGGCCCCAGUGCUGAAGCAAAACUAGCAAAGGUUGCAUUAACGACGAUUUCGCUGUGGUUUAUGGCUUGGACACCGUAUCUUGUAAUCAAUUACAUCGGAAUAUUCAAUCGUUCCCUACUGAGUCCACUGUUCACUAUAUGGGGAUCACUUUUCGCAAAAGCGAAUGCAAUAUAUAAUCCACUCGUUUAUGCGGUUAGUCAUCAAAAAUAUAAAGCCGCGUUGAAGGAGAAGCUACCAUUUUUAGCGUGCUUCGAUACCGAGGAGGCCGCUGGAGGAGAAAAGCCUGAGGGUGGUGGCUCUUAGAAUAUCAGGAAUUCAAAUUGUUGUUAAGUGUUAAACGAAUACAAUUAUCUUGUUGCUUGCAGUGUUUAUUCGUAUUUAUAAAAUUAAGAUACAGACACGACACUCUCAUCAUAUCUUACAAUAAUAUGAUACAUGUUUACCUAGUUAGUAAACAUAGAGCUGAUGCCUGCUAUACCAAAGUGACCAUGUAUAUUGCUGGGCAAUAAAAUGUAGAAAAUUCAAAUCUUUUCCUAUGAUUUGAUGUUAAAAUAAUUCCCAUUGUGGUGUAAAUGAGAAUCAUACGUUCAUCGAUCAUAGGCGAUUAAAAGAUUAUACAUUUAAUACCGCGCGUUAGAGCAAUUCCGUAUAUUGGAGACAUACUCUGAUCGAAAUGAAUAUGCUUUUCAGGUGAUGGUUUUUUCCCUCGGGUAGAAUUUUGAAUUGAACGUAUCUCUCAACACGAUAACCGAUAUUAAUAUUUACAAAUCGUGUCUGUAAUUAAACGUCGUAUUGUCCUUUCCUUAUCCUAGCCGAGCGUA